CUGCCUCCUUCUGCCUCCCCCUGUCCUGCCUCCCCCCUGCCCUCCCCUGCCUCCCCUUUCCCUCCCCUGCCUCCCCCUUCCCUCCCCUGCCUGUCCUGUCCUGCCCUCCCCUUCCCUCCCCUGCCCUGCCUCCCCCUACCUCCUCCUGUCCCCCCCUUUCCUCCUCCUGCCCUCCCCGCCCGGCCCCAUCCCCAUCCCCGGUCCCGGCCCCGGUCCGGGCAGGUGAGGCCGCCCCCUCCGCCGGGCCCCGCCAGGUACCGGCUGUAUUUGUACCGGCUGCCGGGGGCUUGCGGGUGCGUGGGAACCCGCGGGGCGGGUGCGGGUGUGUGUGUGCGGGUGUGCACGGCCGGGGGGAGGUUUCUUGCACACACACACACACACACACACACGCACACACACACCCGAAGGAACAGCCCCGCUCCGGCCCCCCCCUUCCCCAUCCCACACCCCCCCCCUCCCGCCCCAUCCCGGCUCACACCAUGUUCCAGCCGUCCGCGAAGCGCUGCUUCACCAUCGAGUCCCUGGUGGGCAAGGACACCCCGCUCGGCCCCGGGGACCCCCCGCGCCCCGCCGCCCUCGCCUACCCCGGCCCCGCCGCCGCCGACGCCGCUGCUUUCACCCCCGGCUUCCCGGGUGCCGCCGCCGCCGCCGGCCGGGCCCUGUACGGUAGCGCCGAGCUCGUCUUCCCCGAGGCCGUGGGGCACCCGGCGCUGCCCGUCGGGCCCCACCAGCUCGGGGGCUCGGCGCUGCCGCCGCCUCACUCCUUCUUCGGGCCGCAGCACCGCGACCCGCUCAACUUCUACCCCUGGGUGCUGCGGAACCGCUUCUUCGGGCACCGCUUCCAAGGGAGCGAGGUGUCCCAGGAGAGCCUGCUCCUCCACGGCCCCUUCGCCCGGAAACCCAAGCGCAUCCGAACCGCCUUCUCGCCGUCGCAGCUCCUGCGGCUGGAACGGGCCUUCGAGAAGAACCACUACGUGGUGGGCGCCGAGCGCAAGCAGCUGGCCAGCAGCCUCAGCCUCUCCGAGACCCAGGUGAAAGUGUGGUUCCAGAACAGGCGGACGAAAUACAAACGGCAAAAGCUGGAGGAGGAAGGACCCGACUCGGAGCAGAAGAAGAAAGGUUCCCACCACAUCAACCGAUGGCGCCUCGCCACCAAGCAGUCGAGCGGAGAAGACAUCGACGUCACCUCCAACGACUAAGGCAGGGACAGGCUCCUGGUGCAGCCACCAUGGAGAGGAACCCGGGGGAGGACGGGGGGACACGGUUGGCAUCACCAAACGAACUCUAGGGACGUCGUGCUCCGAAGCCACCACCGCCGCCACCCGCUGCCUUUCCUUGGGGACCCCUGGCCCGGCCGGGGACCCGCACCCCGUCCCCCCCCUGCCGCCGCCGCCCGGGGCAUCCCUCGGAGGUGCUUUUCGGGAAGCUCCCGCCGCCGAGCCAAGGAGGAAGAGGAGGCUGCCGGGGACCGCGGCCCUGGGACGCGACCGCGCAUCCUCCUCCACGCUGGAAGGCGUCCGUCAGCCAUGAGAUCAAAUCCAAACGUCCUACCUAGAAGCUCAAUGUGAACCCCUGUUUCAGUUUCCUUUUUCACUUUGAUUUCCUUCACCUCCCUCCUUUCCCCCCCCCCCCAUUCCCCCCGUUGUUUUGUUGGUUGGUUGGUUUUGUUUUUUUGGGUUUUUUAUUUGAUUUGACACAGUUUUAUUUUAAUUUAUUCUUUUCUUUCGGUGCCUGUGUGCGUGCGUUCCCUGUCGUAGGUAGUCAGCAGCUGUAGUGUGUGUUACUGCGUGGUAAUAAAGAGCAACAUGUGCUGGAAA